UCUUUCUCAGCAUCCUCCUCCUUGUUCCUCCGCUUGAUGGACCACCUGCCUCACGUCGUAUUACAGUCAUCUCCAGCUGAAAUGCGCCUCGUCAGUCGCUGCCAUCUGAUGUGUUGAAACCUUCGGGCGGAGCAGUGAGACAGCAUCUUUUCUCUUCACACGUCAUUGUCAACACGAGUGGACAAGCCCCCCGUAGAGCACCAUGUCAGACAAAAGUGACUUAAAAGCAGAGCUGGAGCGCAAGAAGCAGCGCCUUGCCCAGAUCCGGGAGGAGAAAAAGAGAAAAGAAGAGGAGAGGAAAAAGAAAGAGGUAACCAAAAAAGCAGAGAAUCAACAGAAGACGGAAGCCACCUCAGAGGACUCAGACUUGGACCGCAAGCGCCGAGAGACUGAGGCCCUGCUGCAGAGUAUCGGCAUUUCACCCGAGCCUCCUUUAGUGCCAAAUCCUUUGUCCCCGUCCAAAUCAAUGAGCACGCCCAGCGAAACAGAGAGCCAGGAUUCAGCUGACGGCGGACCAGCAGGCAGGUCAGGUUUCUCAAAAAGCAAGUCCGAGGUACAAAGCUCAAGGACCCUGCAGUGGGACACAGACCCCUCUGUGCUGCAGCUGCAAGCAGAUUCUGAGCUUGGGCGGAGGAUGCAGAAGCUGGGGGCCUCUAAGAUCACACAAGUUGAUUUUCAACCAAAAGAGUUGGUCUUGUACAGCAAGGAGACACAAACGCCGCUCACCGCCCAUCUAUCUGAAGUAGAGGAGGAAGAGGAGGAUGAAGAGCUGAUGGAAUCGAAGCCAGGCCCUGAGUUGGAGAUGCAUGAUGAAGAUGACAAGGAAAAUAAAGAAGCAGGCUCUUUCCCUGUGCUGCGGGAGCUGACGGAGGAGGAGAGGCAGCAAAUACUACACUCGUCUGAGUUCCAGAAUUUCUUCGACUGCAGUAUCCGGGUGAUGGAAAGAGCUCUGGCCGAAAGCGGCGAUAUCUUCUUCGACUACACCGGUCGAGCCCUGGAGGACAAGGAGGGAGACGUGGCUGGAGGCUCCAGUUUGUCCUUCACUCGACUUUUCUAUGAUGAACACUGGUCAAAACAUCGUGUUGUCACCUGUCUUGACUGGUCCCCUCAGUAUCCUGAGUUGCUUGUUGCCUCUUACAACAACAACGAAGAUGCUCCCCACGAACCGGACGGUGUUGCCCUGGUUUGGAACAUCAAAUUCAAAAAGGCCACACCAGAGUACAUCUUUCACUGUCAGUCUCCAGUGGUGUCGGUGGGUUUCGCCAGAUUUCAUCCCAACCUUGUGGUGGGGGGGACUUACUCGGGGCAGAUCGUCCUGUGGGACAACCGCAGUCACAGGCGGACCCCAGUCCAGAGGACACCCCUGUCGGCUGCUGCGCACACUCACCCCGUGUACUGUGUGAACGUGGUUGGCACCCAGAAUGCCAACAACCUGAUCACCGUGUCUACAGACGGAAGGAUGUGCUCCUGGAGUCUGGACAUGCUCUCUCAGCCUCAGGAGAGUAUGGAACUGGUGUACAAUAAAUCCAAACCAGUGGCAGUGACCGCCAUGGCGUUCCCUACAGGUGACGUUAACAACUAUGUAGUGGGUAGUGAGGAGGGCACUGUGUAUACUGCAUCCAGGCACGGCAGCAAGGCAGGGAUCUGUGAGAUGUUCGAGGGCCACCAGGGGCCCGUGACGGGGAUCAGCUGUCACAAUGCCGUGGGCACCGUGGACUUUUCUCACCUUUUCGUCACUUCCUCCUUCGACUGGACGGUCAAACUUUGGAGCACUAAGCAAAACAAGCCUCUCUACUCUUUUGAGGACAACGCCGACUACGUCUAUGAUGUCAUGUGGUCGCCUGUGCACCCUGCGAUCUUUGCAUCUGUGGACGGCAUGGGCCGCCUCGACCUGUGGAACCUCAACAACGACACGGAGGUACCAACAGCCAGUGUGACCAUUGAAGGCGCGUCAGCCCUCAACAGAGUGCGCUGGUCACCUGGAGGGAAGGAAGUGGCCGUGGGCGACUCGGAGGGCCGAGUGUGGGUCUACGAUACUGGAGAGCUGUCAGUGGCCCACAGUGACGACUGGACACGCUUCGCCCGUACGCUGAUGGAGAUCCGUGCCAACCGUGCGGAUGGCGAGGAGGAGGGGCCUGUGGAGCUGGCUUCAUAGAGCGUGACUACAAACCAAAGUGGAGCUCCGGUGUGCUUUUAUCAGUGUCAAGUGUAGCAUGUGCUUCUUACUCAUGUUUGUGUUGGUUCUCCACCGUCGUGUACGUCAGAUUGUGCUAUUAUUGGUCUCGUUUGUUCUGAUUCUGCUCCCACGUACAUGCAGGUGGUUCUUCGGGUGUUGUUUAAAAUAUAUGGAAGUGGGUCUCCUCUUAGCCUUAUGAUGUGUGCUGUACCGACGCUUUGCACUAGUGUAAAAAGUCCUUAACUGUUUACAAAUGUCACGAUCACUCCACAUUGCGCUUCUUGCAUGCUGCAUUCCAGAGCUUAUAUUGUGUGGUUGUCACAUAUGGGCCUUUGGCUUCAUAUUCGAUCAUGAAGUACUACCGUAUAGUUAAUAUAUGGCAAUGCAGAAAGCUUCUUGUCUUUUGGUUUCCUCCUUCGCUUUUACGUCCAUGCUGCUCACAAGAAACAUUUGUACACUGAAACCUACUGGAAUAAAUACACAAGCAGACAUUUCAUUCGCAGGGAAAAGACAGUCUGCGUCUAAUUCAUGUACACAUCUGAACUGCAGCUUUGAGAAAAAAAAAAAACGAAAAAAGUUUCUCACAUUUUGUAAUCCAGUCGCUUACAUUCUAGGUCACUUAUUGGGUCAUGUAUUGUGCUCAAAGCAUCCCAACUGUGACUGUUGUGAACAAGCAAGUGAUUCGAGAGCGUGGCCCACUGGGAAAUGGCGGGACGACAAUGAAUACAGUCCAGUGUGUGCUAUCUGUCCUGAUUAACGGAUAAUCAACAGCUCAUGUCCAAUCUCUCUUCUAUUUGUGUCUAGUUUUCUGGGUUUAAACAUUUAAAACAGGCAGUAAAAGAAAACUAAUUCAAGACUGAAUGCGUUGUAUCCUGUUUCUACUGUCCCUAACAUUCACCACAUUUAACACUAUUAUGAAUAGACGAAGUAGGUAUUAAAUACUGUAAAAUAAACUGACUGAAAAGCAGCGGACAAUCUCAAAAAAUGUAUGAUUUUUUUAAAUACAUUUUUUAAGUGAAAUAGCGAGCGAGCAGACUACACAACACUAGGUCAAAAGAAUUGCUCCUCCCUUUGUUACCUUUUCAAUUCAGUUGAGCUCAGCCAUGAGCAUGUUCUAAGGCAAACCUCAAAAAGGCUACGAGGGCCGGUCAGAGACUGUGGAUGGGCCUGAAAAGUGGCCCGUUUGGCGUACUUUGCCCAAGCGUGUGCUAAGUCUUUAAAUUCAUCCGUGAGGUCGCAGGGUCAGGGAUAACGUGCACCAAACAACAACGGGCGCUCGUUUGAGAACCAUGCCGAAAUUUUCAUGUGCACCUCUGGCUAUAGAAAUGGUUGGAUGGAUCGAAGAAGAAGUCUUUUUUCACCACAGCGUCAUCUGCUUAUGGGAAAUCAGUCCUGGUAGAAAACAAGUCUGAUGCUCCUCUGCACUGGCAAACAAUCCACUUUACUGCAUGCGAUAUUUAAAAUGGCAGAACACUUCAUAAAACCUUUCCUAUGCAGUCCGCUAUAUGCACUGGAGGAGUUCUGGCCCCCAGCCCGAGGUCUGAACUGUACCAAAGCCUGCUGGCAUCCCUGUGGAGACGCAAUCAAGAGUGUGCUCAAUAUAGUCAGGCAUGUAUCUAAAACGAUCACUUAUUUCAAACGAGACUUGGCAUCAGCGAUCGAAUGAAAUCUCCAAAGUAAUCGUAACCGCGUAGAGUGAAGGGUCGAAUUAUUCUUUUCGCCCCGUUUUAAGAAACAUGUGGUCAAGGCGGUUAACCGUGAAGCAGGACGUCUGCCGCACACAAUGAACAGUACACAAACGCGUCCGCCGCAUCGCAUUACCAAAAAAGCGCGGUUGUUAUUUCAUCACUACUCUUUUGUCCUCCUCCUCUUCAGACAAUAGAAAGGUAAUGAGGGCAAUGCCCACUGUCAAAGUGACUGGUGGGCUGACUGGUGGGCAGUGACGACAUGGCACCCGACCAGCCCCGCCCACUUGUGCAUGAAUGGGCUCAAUCAUCGACGGCGCCGUCAUUACCAUCAACUGCACCUUUCGACGCUUUACUCCUUGCGCCUUUUGGGGUUUUGUGCCGACCAAAUGAGCUAUUCAGGAGGUCAGCGGCGGCCACCGGGGGAAGCCUGACCACCUGCACUGAGGCACCAAAUAGCGUGUUGUGUGGCCUCCAUAUAAUACAUGAGUAGCAGUUACAUGCUUGCUUAAUGAUUUGACUUUGGCUUUCUGUACGAGGCUACGGACGCUAUAUAGUCAUCCUGGCUGUGAGCAUGCAUUACUCAUAAAAAGUUAGGGAUAAGCAGCUUUGAGAUGAAAUGUCAGGAUGAACCUAAAAUGCACUAUAACCUUACAAGUGAACUUCAUUUGACCUUCCAUGAACCUUUUAAAUGCGCAUGGCUAAUGGUCUGUUUCAGUACCUUUUACGCAACUUGCUGUUCUUUAACAAGGAGCUGAACAGUAAAAUUUGCAUUUUGUCCAUGAAUGGAUGGAUAUUCCCAAGGGCGUCCACUUCGAUGCCUUUCUGUGACUCUUCCAGUCACUCAGUAGCCACCUGCUGAUGACACUCCGUGGCAUUGUAAUUCUAGAACAUUGUGUUUCAAGCCUUGCAAUGUCGAGGUACUGUUAUCAAUCGUUUGGUGUCGUCUUGGUCUCAUGAUGUCAAAAUGUGAACAGCAUGAUGAAGAGGACGAUUCGAUUCAAUUUCAACUGAACUUUUCAUUAGUCCACUUCAGUCACAUGAAUUUUGAACACUGUCAUAUUUAUUUUCCCUCGCAGGAUGAAUAAAGUAUCUAUCUAUCGAUGAAAAGGGUCAGGAUUUCCACUUGUCAUUGCGAUAACAAUCAACGUUUGCGUUACAUCUCACAGAAACAAAAUAUUUCCUCCAAAUGGCCAACGGUGACGCUUUUCGGAGACACGGCAAUGCCUGACCAAAUAAUGCUCGACAAACCGAGCAACUAAUUCAAUUUCCUGCGCUGACCGAAAAAAAAAUUCAUUGCCAGAAUGCUGAAACCGCUGAUAAAUAAAUGGGGGGAAAAAACAGGGAGGAUAAAAGUGUCGCAGUGACAACAAGCAGACAGAAAUCGUGGCUCUCGUUUGAGCCCGGGAGCCUGUGGCUUCCAGUCUUGUGGUGGGAACGCGAAGAAAAAUUAUGAUUAUGAAUUAUGAAUUUUCCAAGUUACGCUGGGCCCUAAACACUGAAGAAAGCGCUGCUGACACAGAGUUAAAACAAAUAUUACGUCUCCUCAUGCAAAUGUUUUCUCCAAAAGCCUUUGAUCAUGUGACUGUGCAGAGAUGUAAUUCAUACUCAGACAACGAAAUGCGACACAUCGACAUCUCACAUAUGACUCACUAGAGAUCAGACUCGCAACGAAAGGAUAGAAUUUGAAAUACUUUUGUACUUACUUGCAGUGGUGGGAAAUAAAGUGCAAAUACAGUGGUGCCUUGAGAUAUGAGUUUAAUUCGUUCUGUGACUUUGCACGUAGCACUCGUAUCUCAAAUCAUCGUUCCCCAUUGACAUGAAUGAAAAUGCCAUGAAUCCGUUCCAGCCUCCCCAAAAGACCAACACAUUUUUUUAUAAUGUUGGAAAAGUAUAGCACUCUAUAAUAAUGGACUUUUAAAAAGUCAAAAUAUAAAGUAAGAAGAAGCUUGUUACUUUAUCAGCAGAUGACAAUACGACGUUUAAAAAAAAAAAAAAAAGACGUAAACAGAGCGGUAAAGUCAACCUCUGUUGAGAUUUGAACUGAUUAACUGAUUGACAUCUAGUGUAUAUUACAUGGCAGAAAAAUAGGGACAGCAGCAACAUGGAGGAACGUGAACUUGGGCACAUUGACCACAAUGAUGCAACAGAUUACAGAAGCAAGAUAUUCAACAUACAUGGUUUUAUUGAAGAGAAUUGUCUGAGCUUGUCAGCUCCAAGAACGAGUCGUGGCCUAUGUGUUGUUUUGUAUCGGCCUAAAAAACACCAGCUUCUGGCACUCAAAAAUUCUCUGUCUAAACUGAUGGCUAAUUUUGUAGUUUUGUGUUAGUCAUGUCACAAUGUUAGCAAAGCCCAAUGUUUUGAUUAGUUAAUAAAAUAAUAAUUUUGAUUAGUUAAUAAAAGAGGAAAACUA